GCUUGUACCUACCCACUAACAUUGGAUUUUGGCACUAGUACACUUUCACCUUUACAUCCUCAAAAUCACAACUUCAAUUGGAAUUCAUAGUGAAAACCAACGUCAAUCCCAAAAUACUCUGCGGGGGCCUAUCUCUUACAGAAUUUUGGGUGAAGCUGGAGUGAAAGAGAGGGCUAUCGGAGGAAUAACAUGCUUCACUUCUCUUCCCCAGCUUCGUUUGGUUUCUUGGCUGAUCGCGAACAUCUACGCGUCUUUUCCCACUGGAUUUCGUCGCGUUAGCCUACGAUACCUCGAUCUCCCACCACCGUUAAACCCCCGACUCUCACAAACUCUUCUAUUCUGUACCUAAAAAAUCAUCACCUUUACGAUGUCGACUCCAAUGCGUCACGGACCCUCCCAACAGGGCCGCACGCCUUCUCAACACCCAGUAGCUGCGCCUACACCUCAAGCCUCGACCCCAUUCUCCAACCCACAAACCGCCGCCGCCUUUUCUCCCCACGGUCCCAGAUCGUCACCGCAGCAAUUUAAGAAAUCCCCCGCUACCGGUACAAUGAUCGGUACCAACACUAGUGCGACGGCCAACUUCGAUAGCCCCUCCGUUACCGCUGCAUACAACACUUUGGGAAUAAACAUGAACAUUAACGACCUCAAUCUGGAUAGUAUAAGUGUUGGAGGUUUGGUUGCAGCAACGAGACAAUCGGACGAGGAAGAUCGCAAGAAGAGGAUGGAAGCGGUUAUAGCCGCUCUUUGGGCUCAGAACAGUGGUCGUGUUAGCAACCAAGGACUCGAGAGGUUGGCUAUUCACCUGAAUCUAGAGUGCCUUUGGGAAGAUGUUAAAGGUGCCGGCGAGAAUGCCAAGACUCUGAUCAUAGCAGGACAGACUAUGGCCGUCGAAGUCGGUAUCACCAACCACGUCGUACACCAGGCUUCGUUAGUGUACACUGAAUCCAUGCCGAUCCUCGAGAAGCAUGCCGACAAAGCAUCUGCUAUCUUACUGAAGGACCUUUCUCUGGCUCCUGGCCAGAGUCCUCUAACCAAGAGACUGACGCAAUUCCGUGCGAAUCUCGAACGUCUUGCCACGCUUGACAAACUUAGCGUAUCGCCCGGGUUUAAUUGCCACGAGGCGAUCGCAGGUAUAUGGGAAAGUUUGGAAAGGCUCCACAGAUGGGACGUAGACAAACUCCGAAAUGAGGACCGUGCUUUCCUUAACAUGCCGGAGGAAAGACUUAGAGUGUUUGCUCUUUGCCUUCGCAACGGAUGUCCGCUCAUGCAUACUCGAGGUCGAAUCGGCUUGAGUCUUGACUAUUGGAAGGAGAGAAGAAAGCUUACGUCUACUACGGUGGAGACCGAUGACGCCAGAACAUGGGGCAUCCUGAUCGAAUGCGCACCUGCUGGUGGCAUGGUCUAUAGCCCGGUACGGGUCUCGGAGAAGUGGAUUGGCCCUAAUAUCGAGAAGUCCGAUAUUAUAGAUGCGGAUAUGAUGGGUGCUUCCGUGCCUUUUCUGGACUGGCUUGAGCCGCCUAACACUCUUCUACCAUCCUCGGAGGAGGUGAAGACAGAAGGCGGACUGGAGGGUGCUGUAGGAUUGUCUGGACCUAAAACACCUGAUGUUGUCUUCAUGGCAAAUUUCGACCCUCCGGUCAUUGUUCCUCAUGCUGUCGCUAUGGAGAUUUACAAAAUCUCUGCGGCAAAUGUAUCUCUUACGAACAUAACUUUCGAUGCACUGAUGUUCCCUAUUCCUGAAGGAAGCCCUUACGAUCCCAGCGAGCCUCGGGAGUUUACCUUCACACAGAGUAUCCCCACAUUCUCGGACAGCUCUCAGACGGAACCCAUUAUGAGGGACCAUCAAAAUAGGUUGUACAUAUACAAGCCAGUCUACGGUGAGGUCAUCAGCCAUGUACCAUUUGCCCACCCGAAGGACCUAAUCACGAUGUUGCCGCUGCUACGCCAGUACGCAUUCCUGUCCCUGCUUCUUAACAACAUGUUCAGGCCGAAAGAAGGAAAGCCAACCGCAGCAGAAGCUGGCAAGGAAGAUACCAACAAACCGCUUACGCAGAAAGACGAGUUUGAGCAAUUCAUGUCUACGACGGAGUCGGACGUUAAGUCGGCCUCAAAGGGCACGCUGAAGGUGGACGUUACCCUGACGGCACACCCCGUGCCACGCCUGCUGCUGGUGUUCCCGUUCAAGGAGGACACGGCAAACAUCUUGCUCGAGAUCCAGAUCGGCGGCAGAGUCGCCAUCAUCGCCGAGAAUAUCCUGCAAAAGUUGAACGAUCGGGGAACGGACAAGAGAACGGAUUGGGCUAACGCGCUGGAGACCCUGGAGGAUAUCGGCGCUUGGAUCGAGCUCAUCAAACAGAAACUGGAGGUGUAGCCAACGGUUAACUCUGUGAUGGAAAGGGCGUCUAUGGACGUACCUUGGGAGUAAUAUGCGAAGAAACGGGGUCCGUUAAUCGGGAUACGAUUAGGUGUGGAGGUGUUGAUAACAAUGGACGUGAGGCGCAAGGCGAAAAAAAAAGGAAAAAGAAGUGCGGGUUACGAAUGAACGGUUUAUACGGCUAUGAUACCCCGGAGGCCCCUUUGCCUUUAUUGCUAUGCGUUGGACUAUGGGACGGGACAUCGCUGGUUUUUUUCUCUUUCGGCGCAUCUAUCUUCUGCUCGGAUAGGAUCUGACGUUUGAGUAGGAACCGCAUGAUAUGAUAGGUCCCCCAUCUGAAUAAAUGGAUCAUGAAA